GGGCCCCCGGAGGCGCGCAGGAUGUCCCGCGAGGAGGGGCCGACGCUGCAGAGGCCCCGCUACGGCUCCAUCGUGGAUGAUGAGCGACUGUCCGCAGAGGAGAUGGAUGAGAGACGGCGACAGAACAUCGCCUACGAAUACUUGUGCCACCUGGAGGAAGCCAAGAGGUGGAUGGAGGUCUGCCUGGUGGAGGAGCUGCCGCCGACCACGGAGCUGGAGGAGGGGCUCCGCAAUGGUGUGUACCUCGCCAAGCUAGCCAGGUUCUUCGCCCCAAAGUUGGUGUCAGACAAGAAGAUCUAUGACGUGGAGCAGACGCGCUACAAGACAUCCGGCCUGCAUUUCCGACACACAGACAACACAGUGCAGUGGCUGCGAGCCAUGGAGUCCAUCGGUCUGCCCAAGAUAUUUUAUCCAGAAACCACCGAUGUCUACGAUCGGAAGAACAUUCCGAGGAUGAUAUACUGCAUCCAUGCACUGAGCCUCUAUCUGUUCAAGCUGGGAAUCGCCCCUCAGAUCCAAGACCUGCUGGGCAAGGUGGACUUCACAGAGGAGGAAAUCAGCAACAUGAGGAAAGAGCUGGAGAAGUACGGGAUCCAGAUGCCGGCGUUCAGCAAGAUCGGCGGCAUCCUGGCCAGCGAGCUGUCAGUGGACGAAGCUGCCUUGCAUGCCGCUGUUAUCGCCAUCAACGAAGCUGUGGAGAAGGGUGUGGCAGAGCAGACGCUGGGAACACUGAGGAACCCCAAUGCAGUGCUAAGUGCCGUGGACGACGGGCUCGCCCAGGAGUACCAGGAGGAGCUGUGGGGAGCCAAGAGGAGGAAGGAGGGUGCCUCAAGACUGAAGAACAGCUCUGUGGCCGAAGAGGAGAGAGAUGCGUAUGAGGAGCUGCUGACGCAAGCAGAGAUACAGGGCAGCAUCAACAGCGUCAACAGACUAGCUGCUGUGGACCGGAUCAACACUGCCAUUCGGGAGGGUGACCCUGAGCUCACGCUGCUUGCCCUGAUGAAGCCGGAGGCCCAGCUGCCCACUGUGUACCGCUUUGCUGCUGCUCUGUAUCAAAGCGAGCUCUUCACCCUGCAGGAACAGAGUGACACGAAGCACCUGGCACAUGAGGAACUCUCGAUUGCUGUGGAGAUGCUGUCUGCUGUGGUGCUGCUGAACCAGGCCUUGGCGAGCGGGGACCUGGAGUCUGUGCAAAGCCAGCUGCGCAGCCCCGCAACUGGUUUCAGCAACCUGGACAAGGCACAUGUGGAGCGGUACGCGCGUGAGCUACUCACCGCCAAGCUGGAGGCCGCGUCCCAGGGGCAAGAGAGCUUGAGCUGGAAUGAAAUGCAGAAUUGCAUCGACACAGUCAAUGCCCAGAUUGAAGAAGAAAACGAGUUGGUGGUGGCCAUGGGCUAUAUCAAUGAGGCCAUCGACCAGGGAAACCCCCUGAAGACCCUGGAUGCGCUGUUGCUGCCAACUGCCAAGAUCCGAAACGUGGACCCAGCUCACGCCCAGCACUACCAGGAUGUGCUGUCCCAGGCCAAGUUGCGGAAGCUCAGGGAUGCCGAGAGCACAUCCAAGGCGCUGUGGCUUGAUGAGAUCCAGCAAGCCGUCGAUGAGGCCAACAUGGACCAGGACCAAGCCAAGCAGUGGGUGACACUGGUGGUUGACGUCAACCAGUGUUUGGAAGGGGUGAAGUCCAGCAACAUUUUGUCCAUCUUGAAGUCCAGCUCGUGUUACCCGAAUGACAUCCUCCCUGAGUGUGCCGACAGCUACCAUGAUGCCCUCCUGACGGAGAAGCAACGCAAGUCUGAGAGGGCAUCUGGUGAAGAGGGACCGUGGCUGCGAUUCACUGUGAAGGAAAAUCAUGAUUACUACUACAAUGUGGAGUCAGGAGAGGGCGUCUGGGUCCCGCCCGAGCCCUGCCUGACCAAGGAAUCCUGGCUCAUGGAGCAGGAAAUCGAGGACACCGUCGAGAGGGUCACGCGAAAGUACAUCCGUGAGCAGAUGUGGUCGGCAUCCCAGGAUUCUCUCCUUCGCUUUCAGAGCAUGCGGCUCGGACCCGCCCUUAGGGAGGAGUUCGAAGCUAGGAAAUCAUUCUUGCAUGGCCAGGAAGAGAAUGUGGUCAAGAUCCAGGCCUUCUGGAAGGGACAGAAGCAGCGCCAGGCGUACCAGCAGAAGCGGAAGACGUUCGCUGCAAGCGUUUCUGAAAUUGUGAAGAUCCAGUCCUGGUUCCGCAUGGUGGCGGCAAGGAAGCGGUACCUGUCACGGCUGAGCCACUUCAGAGAUCAUACACCCGAGAUUGUGAAGAUACAGUCGCUGUUGAGAGCCAGUCGCGCCCGGGGCGACUACAAAACACUGGUGGGCUCAGAGAACCCACCGUUGAAGGUCAUCAGCAAGUUUGUCCACCUGCUAGACCAGAGUGACCUGGACUUCCAGGAGGAGCUGGAGGUGGCACGGCUGCGAGAAGAGGUGGUGACCAAGAUUAGGGCCAACCAGCAGCUGGAGAAGGACCUCAACCUGAUGGACAUCAAGAUUGGGCUCCUGGUGAAGAACAGGAUCACACUGGAGGAUGUCAUUUCCCACAGAACGAAGCUGAAUAAGAAGAAAGGAGGCGAGAUGGAGCUCUCCAACAGCCUGGACAAUCAUGGCAUUAAGAGCCUGAGUAAGGAGAGAAGGAAAAUCCUGGAAGCCUAUCAACAGCUGUUCUACCUCCUGCAGACCAACCCCUCAUACCUGGCCAAGCUGAUCUUCCAGAUGCCGCAAAACAAGUCCACGCGGUUCAUGGACACCGUGGUCUUCACGCUGUACAACUAUGCCUCCAACCAGCGGGAGGAGUACCUGCUGCUGAAGCUCUUCCAGACAGCACUGGAGGAAGAGGUCAGAUCCAAGGUGGACCAGCUACAGGAAAUUGUCACAGGAAACCCCACAGUCAUCAAGAUGGUUGUGAGCUUCAACCGGGGCGCCAGAGGGCAGAGCUCACUGCGGCAGCUGCUGGCACCUGUGGUGAAGGAGAUCCUUGAGGACAAGGCCCUGGUCAUCAACACCAGCCCCGUGGAGGUGUACAAGGCCUGGGUGAACCAGCUGGAGACGCAGACCGGGGAGGCCAGCAAGCUGCCCUACGACGUGACUACUGAGCAGGCGCUCACUCACCCUGAAGUGCAGGCCAAGCUGGAGGCAUCCAUCGAGAGCCUGCGCCGGGUCACAGACCGUGUCCUCAGCUCCAUCAUCUCCUCCCUUGACCUCCUGCCUUAUGGAUUGAGGUAUGUAGCCAAAGUGCUGAAGAGUUCCCUGCAUGAGAAAUUUCCCGAUGCCACGGAGGAGGAGCUACUGAAGAUUGUGGGAAACCUGCUCUACUACCGCUACAUGAACCCUGCCAUUGUGGCUCCCGAUGGCUUUGAUAUCAUCGACAUGACUGCCGGGGGCCAGAUCAGCCCUGACCAGCGCCGGAACCUGGGCUCGGUGGCCAAGGUGCUGCAGCAUGCGGCCUCCAACAAGCUGUUUGAAGGGGAGAAUGAGCACCUCUCAUCCAUGAACAACUAUCUGUCAGAGACGUACCAGCAGUUCAGGAACUACUUCAAGGAGGCCUGUGAUGUCCCUGAGCCAGAAGACAAGUUUAACAUGGACAAGUACACAGAUGUGGUGAUGGUCAGCAAGCCAGUCAUCUACAUUUCCAUUGAAGAGAUCAUCAACACGCACUCGCUCCUGCUGCAGCACCUGCCUGCCAUCGCCCCUGAGAAGAACGAUUCCCUGAGUGAGCUGCUGGCAUCACUGGGGGAGGUGCCCACUGUGGAGUCCUUCCUGGGGGAGGGAUCCAUGGACCCCAACGACCCCAACAGGGAGAGCACUCUGAGCCAGCUUUCCAAGACUGAGAUUUCCCUCUCCCUGACGAGCAAGUACGACGUAGGCAAUGGUGAAGCUGUGGAUAGUCGGAGUCUCCUGAUACGGACCAAGAAGCUGAUUGUGGACGUGGUCCGAAACCAGCCUGGGAGCACCCUGACGGAAAUCCUGGAAACGCCAGCCACCGAGCAGCAGGAGCAGGACCACACUGCAGAUGUGGCGAGCCGUGCAGCCGCGGCCUCCAGGACCACAGGUGACCAGGGGCAGAGCCAGCCAUUGGUGGAGGAUGCUCAGCUGCCCCUGGAGCAGAAGAAGCGCAAGAUCCAGAGGAACCUGCGGACACUGGAGCAGAGCGGACUCGUCUCCUCCGCCAACAAAUACCAGGACAUUCUCAACGAGAUUGCCAAGGAUAUUCGAAACCAGAGAGUCUACCGCAAACUCCGGAAAGCUGAGCUGGCCAAGCUACAGCAGACCCUGCUCGCCCUGAACAAGAAGGCAGCCUUCUACGAGGAACAGAUCAAUUACUAUGACACCUACAUCAAGGCCUGCCUGGACAACCUGAACAGGAAAAACUCCCGGAGAUCGAUCAAGCUGGACAACAAGGAAGAGGCACGAGGAGCCAGGAGGGCAAAGCCUGUGCGGUACACAGCGGCACGGCUGCACGAGAAGGGUGUCCUGCUGGGGAUUGACGACCUGCAGCCCAGCCAGUUCAAGAAUGUCUUGUUUGACAUCAUUGCCACUGAGGAUGUGGGCAUCUUUGACGUCAGGUCCAAGUUUCUUGGUGUGGAGAUGGAGAAGGUACAGCUCAACAUCCAGGACCUGCUCCAGAUGCAAUAUGAGGGCGUGGCUGUGAUGAAGAUGUUCGACAAAGUCAAGGUCAACGUUAACCUCCUCAUCUAUUUGCUCAACAAGAAGUUCUAUGGGAAGUGAGGCCCCACCAACCCUCAGAAAGAAAUGCGUUGAGUAUUUUUUUUAAAACACGAUCAAAAUCACAGCUUAGGAACUUGUGAUUUUUUUUUUUUUUCAAAGACCAAAACUGUCCUGGAGAAUGCACCGUGUGCCUUCUGAAGAAAUCUGCAUUGCUGCAUGGGAAUGCCAAGUGAGGCAGUGGGUGGUGUCCACGGGUGGUGGAAGGCCUCGGGGCUCCCCAGCAGCACCCACAGGGCUUCACAGAGGGGACAUACAGCCCACACCGGGCCACGUGGGAGCCUGACCUCCUGGGAGAAAUUUUAAAACAUCCUUCUCAAGUCCCACAGUUCUUCAUGGAUUCUUUUUCCUGAUCUGUGAAGAAACAGAAAUCUAAUUAUUUGUAAUGAAUUAUUUAGACAGUUCUAAGCUCUGUCUUCUGGGAAUCUGAUUUCAAAGAAAUUUUGUGCAAUUCAAAAUAGGGUUUUGUAAGUGAUUGAACGUGACUGCACAGUGAUUGGUGCCUGAAGAGGAAAGACCACUGCUGCCUUGAGUGGAGGUGCUGGGCUCUGCCUGGAGGACUCAGGGCUGGGGAGAGCCCACAGCCUGCCCCCGCAGCUUGAAGGGACACUCCAGCUGUAAUGCUGUAAAAUCAGACUGGGAGGUUUUAAAUGUAUUCUCUGCAAAUGGUUUCACAUAAAAUAAAUGUUACUUAAUCAUA